AUGUCUCAAACUAGCCCCAAGAGCAGUUCCCCGCGAUCUCCACGGUCUCCCAAGAGUCAGGGGCCUGUCGCAACUGCCGCACAGGCGCUCGAGGUCGAUGAUGUUCCUGAGGGGGAGGAAGAUGAUCCAGGUCUUGGCGAAGACUCCGAAAGCUCGACGGCCUCCAUUACCUCAAGCAUCCUCCACUACCGUACCAUCAAUGGCAGGACAUAUCACAGCGAGAGAGGAAAUGCUGCCUAUUGGCAUCACAUGUUUACUCUUUCGCAAGAUGGCGAGCUGCACUUUGCUCCCCUUGAUGAUAGCAUUCAAAAGGUACUUGACGUUGGAUGUGGAACAGGUAUAUGGGCCAUUGAUUUUGCCGACAAGUAUCCCGGGUGCGAAGUGAUAGGGACGGACAUUUCUCCUAUCCAACCUUCGUGGGUGCCGCCAAAUGUCAAGUUUGAGAUCGAGGACUUUAACCAAGAUUGGACCUUUUCUCCGGAGUCUUUUGAUUACGUCCACUUACGCUAUCUAGUUGGGUGUGUCCCAAAUUGGGAUAAUAUCUUUGAACAGGCCUACAAGGUUCUUAAGCUGGGUGGCUGGGUCGAGUCCUUUGAAGCUUCAGCCAUUAUCGAGAGUGACGAUGGUAGUGUCCAGCCCGACUCGGCAUUGGCACAGUGGGGACCUAUCUUCAUCAAGGCCUCAAAAGCAAUUGGAAAUACAUUCACUGUUGUGGAGACGAUCUUCAGAGACCUGGCAUUGAGAAAGCAGGAUUUACAGAUGUCAAGCAAUGGGACUCAAAGUUACCACUGA